AAAGUUUCAUCACUAUACCAUAGAUGUCAGGCAGAAAGGAAAAAUAUUUGUGAAACAGCCAAAUUAUUCGGUAACAAAACAACAUUCCAGGCAGCAAACAAUUAUGAAUUGGCACACGGGCAAUAUAGCUGAAGCUGUGGCUGAAUCCAAAGCCAAAGAUGCCAUCUUCGUUGUGUACAUUCAAGGCCAGAAUGAGAUGACAGCCAAUCUGGAUAGAUAUCUGGAUGAUCCACGAGUCACCGAAAAGUUGCAGACACAAGAUUUUGUUGCUGUUAAAAUUCAAGGUGAUAGUGCAAGCUACGCACAGUUUAUAUCACUCUACAAAGUGGUACCUGUGCCAUCGAUCUUCUUCAUUGGUAAAUCUGGCACCCCACUGGACAUUGCCACAGGAAUCGUUAGCGGUGUCGAUGAGCUGUUGAUAAAAAUCAAUAAGGUGCUUCUCCUGUCCGGCAAGCAAAAGGUGAAUGCCCCAACUACCAGUGCAACAGCUAAAGAUGCUCAGGGGGAGCAGUCGCGACGAAAAAUCGCCGGCGAUGAUAGCGAUCCCAGUGACAAUACUCUGGUGGCCCCAGUUCCAUUGGCUCAGAAAUCUGUACCUGCAGCAGAAGCUGUGGAGCCUGUGCCUGAGCCGGCUGCAGAAGAGGAGUCAGAGACAACAGAUAAAUCAAAUAUGACAUCAGAUAAGCAAGCUGAGGAGCUUAACAACGAUCCUGGGGCAGCUAUGAGCAGCCAAUCGGCCGCAGCUAAGCAAAAAUCUGAGACAGAAAUGAAAGUGACUCAACCAUUGAAACAUGCGCCAGCUGCGCAGAAAGAAGUCCAGGAAGAGCCGCAAACAAAGAAAUCUGUUGCAGGCCUUUCCAAAUCGUCAAAGAAAUUGCAGCAGCCAGCUGCAGCUAACCAGGAAACAGCAAGGGAAUCAACUAAGGAACUAGCAGAAUCUUCUGCUAAGCAGCAAUCGGAGACGGUAUCUAAGCCUGUGGAGGCAGCUGCUGCUGAGCCAAGUGCUCAGCUGGAAGCGACAUCUUCCCCCAAGCCAGCUGAGCCAACGGCAGCGGCCUUGUCAGCGGCAGCGGCAGCUGAAAAGCGUGCAGCAGCUGCAGCUGCCGCGGCCGCAGCAGCAGAAGGAGAAGCAGCCACCUCGGCGGCUGCCGACACAAUGGCCACAGAGAUUACAUCUACAGCGGUGCCCGGCCCUGGCUCGCCACUGACGCCCACCGAGGAAACGGCGUUGCGUGCGACAAUAAACGUGCAACAGCAGGUGGAGAAGCGUAAGAAAGAGCGUUCGGACGAGAAGAAGCGACGCGAUAAGGAUGGCGAAUUGCGGCGCCGUCGUGAAGGACGUGAAGCUCAGGAGCAACAACAAGCUGCCCGGGAGCAGGAGUUCAAGUCUAUGCAAGAACGCAUUCGACGCGAACGCCAACAGGAGCAGGCGACACGUGAACGUAUCCUGGCUCAAAUUGCCGCCGAUCGUGCCGAGAUGGCCAAUCGAGCAGCCAUGGCUGCGGCGGAAGUUCCUGUGACAGCUGCGCCAAGCCCAGCCGUAACGGCAACAGCAACGAUCACACCCGAGCAGUCGCAUCAUUCCACUGUGGAGGAGACACGCCUGCAGAUCCGCUUGCCCGGCGGACUGAUUCGCAUCAAAGAUUUCCCAGCCAUCGAGCCAUUGGCUACAGUGCGUAACUACGUGCGCGAGGAGCUGCUCGCCAGCAGCAACAUACGCGAAUUCACACUGGCCACCAGCUAUCCGAGGCGUGAAUUCAAGACGGAGGAUGAGCUGAAGUCAUUGAACGAUUUGAAUCUGGUGCCCAAUGCAGUGCUAUUGGUGCUCGGCAGCAGCCAGGUCAACGUUGUGGUGCGCAGCCGGAAUAAUAUGAUGAACAUCCUAACCAGUGUACUCUGGGCAAUCCUGACACCGGCCGCCGUGGCUUUUGACUAUAUCAAUAAGUAUGGCUUUCAACGUCUGCGCGUGAAUUUCAUGCAGAUGAUUUCCAAUAUUGGCUGGCGCCGGCGACAAGAAGUCCAGGCUCCUCCCGCUGCCCAGGUCGGAGAUAUCGGCUCUCGGCGCAACAUGGAUAUGUUUAUGCUGCGCACAACCAGUGCACCCGGCCUGCAGCGUGCCAAUCCGCAAAAUGCGGUCGGAGGACCGGAUCAUCAGAUUAAGCCAACGGAACUGUCUAACAAUGGUGCGGCUCAGGCGCAGGACUUGGCACAGCAACGAUCGGGCAUCUUUAAGUCAACUCCUUUUGGCCAGACCAAUAUACGUCGUUUGGCCGACACAGCUAAGGACGAUGACGAGGAUAAGGCCACCUACAACGGCAACUCGACACAACAGCAAUAAGCGCGAAGCAAUUUUACAUAUAUAUAUACACAUAUAUACUUAUACAUAACUAGUUAAAAAUGUUCUCUUUAUCCACAUUCACAGCUUCAAGAUAUGCAGCCUUAAAUUAUAUAAAUAGCUAAAUACAAAAGUAAUGGAAAUUUAGAAUAUUCAAAUUUAAAGUCACAUUUGUUUACUUGCUGUUUCAGUGUGUGUUUAUGUGUCGGUGUCCUUUAUUGAAACAAUCGAUUAAAUUAUUAACAAACACAAUUUCGUGAUUAGGUAUCAAAGGAUUCGAUAAAAGUAUACAAUUUUUU